AUGGUGAAGCACAACAACGUCAUCCCGAACCAGCACUUCAAGAAGAAGUGGCAGUUCCGCGUUCGGACAUGGUUCAACCAGCCUGCUCGCAAGCUCAGGCGGAGGCAGGCCCGUGCUGAGAAGGCCGCCAAGGCCUUCCCCAGGCCUGCGGCUGGCCCUCUGAGGCCCGUGGUGCACGGCCAGACCAUCAAGUACAACGCCAAGGUCCGCCUCGGCCGCGGCUUCACCCUGGCGGAGCUCAAGCAGCAGCAGCAGCAGCAGCAGCAGCAUCGAGGCAGCUUCUAUUGUUUGCAUCUAGCUGGCAGCCCUGACGCCCUUACAGCCAAAAGCACAGAGGCGGGCAUCCCCGCCAAGCUGGCGCCCACCAUCGGCAUCUCCGUCGACAACCGCCGCCGCAACAGCAGCCUGGAGGGCCUGCAGGCCAACGUGGCCCGGCUCAAGGCCUACCGCAGCAACCUGGUCAUCUUCCCGCGCAACGCCAACAAGCCCAAGAAGUUCGAG